AUGAAAGCUCCAACACCACGUUGCUUGUUUGUUCGUCAUGGCCAGACUGAGUGGUCCAAGUCUGGACAGUACACCUCAGUCACUGACCUGUCGCUGACGGAGUUUGGUGUGAAUCAGAUGAGACGGACAGGGAAGAUUCUCUUCUCCACUGAGUUCGUCAAGGCAGAGUCGCUGACGUACAUCUUCACCUCUCCAAGAAAGCGUGCGUUGCAGACCGUCGAGCUGGUGCUGGAGUCGCUGACUGCGGAACAGAGAGCUUCGAUUAGGAUUGUUGUUGAUAAUGACCUCAGGGAGUUUGAGUACGGUGAUUACGAAGGGUUGAAGACAGCGGAUAUCAUCAAAUUGAGGGCUUCGAGAGGCCUGGACAAGGACAAGCCGUGGUCCAUCUGGAGAGAUGGAUGCGAGAACGGUGAAUCAACAAGGGAGGUUGGGCUGAGACUGUCCAGGGUGAUUGCUCGUAUUCAGAAUGUCCACAGGAAGGCACUUGAGCAGGGGAAAGCUUGUGAUGUGAUGCUCUUUGCCCAUGGCCACACGCUUCGUUACUUUGCAGGCCUAUGGUUCAAACUUGGGCACGAAGCGCCAGUGGAUUCGAGCUGUAAGCCGUAUGUCAAGUCCUACGACGACGACACCGUUGAACCUGUGGAGAUCGACAAGUACAGAUACCUCUUAGAUAAUCCAAACUUUUUGCUGGAUGCUGGGGGUGUUGGUGUUCUCAGUUACGCUCAUCAUAACAUUGAUGAGCCUGCUCUGGACCUUGCGGGUGCCUUUGUGAUUCCACCUGAUGAGGAGUCUCAACAUGAUGGGUAA